AUGCAGACCGCUUCUACAAACAUUUGUGAAAAAAAUGGGUCGCUAUCAGGAGCUCAGUGAAUACAAGCAUGGUACCGUGAUAGGUUGCCACCUGUGCAAUAAGUCCAUCCGUGAAAUUUCCUUGCUACUAAAUAUUCCACGGUCAACUGUUAGUGGUAUUAUAACAAAGGUGAUGAACUGGGAACAACAGCAACUCAGUCACGAAGUGAGUGGGGUCAGCGCAUGCUGAAGUGCGCAGAAGUCGCCAACUGUCUGCAGAGUCAGUAACUAAAGACCUCAAAACUUUGUGUGGCCUUCAGAUUAGCACAACAACAGUGCAUAAAGAGCUUCAUGGAAUAGGUUUCCUUGACCAA